UAUUUUUAUUUAAUAUUACUUUUUAGGUGACUGAAAUUCCUAAGAACAAGUUGCAGCUGGUUGGUGUUACUGCCAUGCUCAUUGCCAGUAAAUAUGAAGAGAUGUAUGCUCCAGAAGUCGCUGACUUUGUUUACAUAACUGACUCGACGUACUCCAAUACUGAAAUUAAAGCCAUGGAGAGAAACAUCCUAAAAACACUUGAUUAUAGUUUUGGUAAUCCACUCUGCCUUCACUUCUUGAGACGUAACUCAAGAGCUGGCGAUGCUACUCCUCAGAUGCACACGAUGGCCAAGUUUUUAAUGGAGCUCUGCCUCCCUGACUACUCAAUGCUGGAAUACCUUCCUUCUCUAGUUGCAGCUGCUGCCCUUUAUAUCUCUAAUAAAUUAUACUCUGAUGGAGAAUGGACUCCUGCUCUAAGACAUUACAGUCAAUAUACAGAACCUGAUGUCCUCCCUUGUGUCGGCAAAAUGGCGUCACUGGUACUAAGUAUGCACACGGCGAAGCAACAAGCAGUGAAGAACAAAUACUGCAGCAGUAAAUUUAUGCGUAUUGCGAAGGAGCCCUGUCUUCAGGGGAAAAUAAUGAAAGAACUAGCUUCAGUCUCUCUCUCUCAAUAAGUUAACAACACUGGUUCUCCUAUUUAACUCAUUCACUCACUGCUCUUUUCUUUGAGUCUUACAGUGUGCUGUCUCUCUCUCUCUCUCUAUUAUCAUUAAUUUAUUAUUAUUAAUUAAUAUGUUCAUUUCUUCCUUGCAUAUGGUGUCAUUAUUUUGGUGGAAAAUUAUAUUUUGAGUGAACACCUAAGUGCAGUGUUGUUCCCAUCCAUA